CGGAUGUCAAGUGAAUAUGGCGGCAGAUCAGGAGACAUUUCAGCAAAUUUUAACUUCUCUUUUAAGCUCGGAAAAUGAAGUUAGGACACAAGCGGAGAAAACAUAUCUUGAGAUUCCUGUGAAAACUAGAGUUGUGCAUCUUCUGAACACCGUUCAUAAUGAAACUCAAAGGGAAGAAGAACGACAAAUGGCAACAAUUCUCCUACGGAGGCUUUUCUCUGUGGAGUUUGGAGAAUUUUAUACCACUCUGCCCCUUGAAGCACAACAGGAACUCAAGACUCGUGUUUUGGCCAUAUUACAUACUGAACAGUCUGACAAUCUCCGUAGAAAAUCUUGUGAAGUAGUUGCGGAAUUGGCUAGAAAUUUGAUUGAUGAUGAUGGUAACAACAUCUGGCCAGAGUUUUUACAGUUUCUAUUUCAAUGUGCCAAUUCAACGUCACCAAUUCUAAAAGAAGCUUCUCUUCGCAUGUUUGCUGCUGUUCCUGGUGUUUUUGGAAAUCAACAGGUUCAACAUUUAGAUCUGAUCAAACAAAUGCUUCAGCAAGCUCUUACUGAUGCAUCCUCUUACAAUGUCCGUUUUCAAGCUGUGAAAGCAGUCUGUGCAUUCAUCAUGCUUCACGAAAAAGAAGAUACUAUUCAUAAACAUUUCAUGGAACUUCUUCCACCUGUCAUAACGGUUAUUGCAGAAAGCAUUAAGGAACAUCAAGAUGACUCUCUUUUAAAAUGCCUAAUUGAUCUCGCUGAAAGUGCUCCUAAGUUCCUUAGACCUCAAACAAAUACUAUUUUACAAAUGUGUUUAGAGGUCCUGUCAAAUAAUAGUUUAGAUGAAAAUUCAUGGAAACACUUAGCGUUAGAGACAAUUGUAACACUCUCAGAGACUGCUCCUGCCAUGAUGCGCAAGGAAGCAGGCCAUUAUAUCCCAGUCCUAAUUCCCAUCGUUCUUGAUCUUAUGACAGAUCUAGAUGAUGAUCCUGAAUGGAGUGUAUCCGAUGAAAUCGUUGAAGAUGAUAACGAUAGUAAUAAUGUUGUGGCUGAAUCCGCAUUGGAUCGUUUGGCUUGUGGUUUAGGUGGAAAAACUAUUCUUCCUCAAAUCCUUGUAAAUAUUCCAACCAUGUUGACUCAUGAAAAUUGGAAGUUUAGACAUGCUGCAUUAAUGGCCAUUUCUGCUGUGGGAGAAGGGUGCUAUAAACAGAUGGAGGGCAUGUUACCUCAAAUCAUGGAAGGCGUACUGCAAUACCUCAGUGAUCCUCAUCCACGUGUCCGAUAUGCUGCAUGUAAUGCCAUAGGACAGAUGUCCACUGAUUUUGCUCCUACCUUUGAAAAGAAAUUCCACGACAAAGUAAUUCCUGGUCUGCUGAUGGUUUUAGAUGAUAAUCAAAAUCCAAGAGUUCAAGCCCAUGCUGGUGCUGCAUUAGUGAAUUUUAGUGAAGACUGUCCAAAAAAUAUUUUGGUUCAGUACCUGAACGAAAUCAUGGCUAAAUUGGAAGGAAUUUUGAGUGCUAAAUUUAAUGAACUAGUAGAGAAGGGAACAAAAUUGGUUUUAGAACAGGUCGUAACCACUAUUGCUUCAGUGGCAGAUACAUCUGAAGAGCAAUUUGUCGCCUACUAUGACAGGCUGAUGCCCUGUUUGAAGUAUAUCAUACAAAAUGCCAAUACUCCCGAAUUGAAAAUGCUGCGGGGAAAAACAAUUGAGUGUGUCAGUUUAAUUGGACUUGCUGUCGGAAAAGAAAAGUUUGCUCCUGAUGCAACAGAAAUUAUGGAUCUUCUCUUGAAAACCCAUGGGGAAGGAGAACUACCAGAUGAUGACCCCCAAACCUCUUAUUUGAUCUCAGCAUGGGCUAGGAUAUGUAAAAUAUUAGGAAAGGCAUUCCAGCCAUAUUUGCCAUUGGUGAUUGGACCGGUUAUGAGAACAGCUUCGCUAAAACCAGAAGUUACCUUGAUGGAUAACGAUGAUAUGGACGAGGUUUCUGGUGACGAUGAUUGGCAAUUUGUUUCACUCGGUGAACAACAAAAUUUUGGAAUCAGGACAGCAGGUAUCGAGGACAAGGCUUCAGCUUGUGACAUGUUAGUAUGUUACGCUCUAGCUCUCAAGGAAGGUUUUGCCGACUACGCAGAACCUGUAGUCAAACUGAUGGUGCCUAUGUUGAAAUUUUAUUUCCACGAUGGUGUUCGUACAGCUGCUGCUCAAAGUCUUCCUUGUCUUCUAGACUGUGCUAAGUCAAAGGGCACUGCUUUUAUUCAAGGAAUGUGGGAAUAUAUUUGUCCUGAAUUGCUAAAAGCCAUUGAAACUGAGCCAGAAACAGAAGUAAAACACGAACAUAUGCGUUCGUUGUCCAUGUGUAUUGAAACUCUCGGCAAAGGUUGCAUGUCAGAGGAAUCGAUGAAGGAGUUACUCAGGAUAUUAGAUACACUUUUAAAACAGCACUUCGAUCGUGCAGUUGAGAGACUGGAUAAGAGGAAAGAUGAAGAUUAUGAUGAGAUUGUAGAAGAACAAUUAGAAGAUGAGGACAACGAUGAUAAUUACACUUUAGGCAAGGUUGCAGAUAUCCUUCAUGCUCUCUUUUUCACCUACAAGCAAGACUUUUAUCCUUAUUUCGAUAUGAUUAUUGGACACUUCAUAAAAAUGAUUGGAGCCGAUCAACCUUGGUCAGAUCGUCAAUGGAGUUUGUGUGUCUUUGAUGAUGUAAUCGAAUUUGGAGGUCCAGCCUGUAUUAAAUAUCAACAGUACUUCCUUUCUCCGAUUCUCGAAGGAGUUAGGGAUAAAAAUCCAGCUGUUAGGCAGGCAGCAGCGUACGGCUGUGGAACACUGGCCAUGAAUGGUGGUCCUGCUUUUGCAGGCACAUGUGCCGAGGCACUCCCUCGUUUGGCCGACAUGAUAAAUGAUCCGCAAUCAAGAGCAGAAGAAAACAUAGGUUCGACAGAAAAUGCGAUCUCAGCUGUAACAAAAAUUCUACAGCACAACAGUAGUAAUGUGAAUGUCAACGAAAUCUUACCCCAUUGGUUGUCAUGGCUUCCGGUCUGGGAGGAUCCUGACGAAGCCCCGCACAUCUACGGUUACUUGUGCCAACUCAUAGAAACAAAUAAUUCAAUAGUCAUAGGUCCAAAUAGUUCGAACAUUCCCAGGCUUAUAGCAAUUAUUGCAGAAGCUUUUAACAGGGAUGCCUUACCUUACGAACAUCCGGUCUCUCAGAGGUUGGCCAAUAUUGUAAGACAAAUUCAGGGAAGCGGAGAAAUGUUUCAGUUAUGCGUAAAUCAACUAUCGUCAGAACAGCAGGUUGCAUUACAUGACUUACUAAGUAGCAAUAAAUGAAAACAUCAAAUGUACUGUUCCGGAAAUUAUCGUUUACUUUCUGUGAUUUUUAAGAUUAUUUUAUGACCAUUUGCUUUACGUGUAAUUUAUGUUUCCUGUUAAAUAACUUGUAUUUUAGAAGAAUAUAUGAGUAUAUAUGAAUUGUAUACUUUAAGAGGUACUGAAGUUUAGAUAACAUAUUUUUGUACAUGAAGUAAAAACUAAUAAUUUUAAAAUUUUAUCAAACACAAAAGUAUUGGAUGUUUUUAAAUUUUAGUAUACUUUCCUUAUAAGAAGUAUAUUCAGUGAUUACAGUUAUCGAUUUGCAUGUAAAUAAACAAGUUAUAAUUGUUUUGUUAUUUUAAUUAUUAAGAUUUUGUAAUUGUUUACAAACCCAAUCUCGUUUUUUGUUUUGUUUAAAAUCCUGAUUUAUAUAAUAUUUGAAAGCAUACUGAUUGUUAGUAAAAUGUUAUGUAACUUUUUAUUUAGGGGAAUUACACGAAUAUAGUUUAAUGGAAUACAAUGUAGUGCCUUGUUUCAUUAAUAUUAUGCUUGGAUUAUAACUUAGUAAUAUUUAUAAAGCUCUAGUUACUACUACGUAAAACUAAAUUAUUAAAAAAAUGUACUAAAUUAUUUAAUUGUACAUGGUAAAACUGAAAUGUCUAAGAACUGAAGUUAUUUCUGGACUGCCUUUGCUUAUAUUCUAUUCCUUCAUGUAAAUACAAAUCAGAUAUUAAAGGUCCACGGAGACAUUUUUAUAU